AGGAGAUUUUUGAGAAGUUGAGAAUGAAGAUUGAGAUGGAAAAGCGUCUGAAAAAAUUAAAAAGAAUGGGGAUUGAUCAUCGUAAUAUCAUAAUUGGUAAAAGAAUUAGUAAAAGUAAAAGAAUCAAAUAUGUCAGGGAAUUGUCUGGAUAUGAUAAAG